AGAACACGAGGCUACCAAACUCGAGCCACUGACUCAUCACUCAGUACUCACUGGCAGAGGCCAGCCAGUGGACAGUCGACUUGCAAGCAUUCUUACACAUUGCGUAUACAGGACACGAACCAGAUUGUUCUCUCCGGCGCAUCUGUACUCCGUGCGCAAGGCCAGAUGGUGAAGCGACAGAAAGCGCAGAAAGCGCAGCCUGCUCAGCCGACAGAAGCCGUGUCGCUCAUCCUCCCACCCGCUCUCUUCCUCGGACCCUGCUCAGCUGCCUCCAACAAGGCCUUCCUCUCCGCCAAUACCAUUACGCACGUCCUCAGCAUCGGCUCGACCCCCGCACAGAAGGUCGAAGGCGUAAUCUACCACCGCCUCUCCCUGAACGACUCACCCACGUCGUCUAUCUCCAAAGCGACCGAGGAGGCGUGCAAGCUGAUUGACGGUGCCAUCGCGGUGAAGGCAAAGAGCGGUGGUAAGGGAAAGAUCCUCGUCCACUGCUCUGCAGGCAUAUCGCGCUCGCCGACGCUCGUCGUUGCGUACCUGAUGAGGUCGCACAACAUGCCGCUCAAGGCCGCGCUCGGACAGGUUGUGAGAGCGAGGCCGCAGGUGUCGCCGAACUCCGGCUUCCUGGAGCAGCUGAAGAGGUUUGAGGAGGAACUGUUUGGUAGCGUCUCGUUAGACGUGGACGCGCUGCCGAAACGGGAGAAGGAUCGCCUCGCGUUGUUUGUGGACGACGAGUCCAAGUCCGCAGGUGCUGAGAAGAGCCCACAGGAUGGAUGAACCACCUCAAGCAUGCCAAGGCACCUCUGUCAGCACAAAGUGUGACGUGUCAUUGCUGUUCACGCAUCUCUUCGCACAGCAAUCUCAUAUGACAUUCACAGGAACCAAGCAUCGUCGCAGAGCACGAUAGGGAGGCGUGAGCCGCCCUUCGCAAACACAUCCAUGUGUGGCGUUCGAUGACAUGUCCACUCGGGGCAUAAAGCUUCAAGGCUGCGUGCUCAGUAAUAGAGCGUCACUGUGUAGUUGGAUGACUUCAACUAUGUCCUUACUCUGUAUCUAUAUUUUGAAGGAGAUGCACCUACUAGGGCGCCGCAGUCAGCAGUUCAACUACAUGCGUUUUUCAUCUGCGUUGUAGAUAGUUAGUUGUAUGAGCCUGCGCCUACGAUGUUAUACACACUGUUUAUUACGGGGAUGUGGAUAACCAAUGGUUCACGUUCAGUGGUGACACGCAUCCUCAGGCUCA